CGUAGCAGUAAGUGUAAUCACCAGUGUCGUCAUAGUGGCGUAUUGUCGCACGUGCUGAAAUAGAGGGGAACUGAUAUUAAUCCAAGUCGUACAUGUGGUCAAUGUGCGAACUGCAACCAUUUCCCUUCAUCGGUGCCAGAGAUGAUGUAUCUGAACAUGAAAUCUUCAGUUGUCCACCCCACAUUAUGUUCAUGUAGGAUGAAGCCCAGCUGUUGUGAGUUAUGGGCUCUUGAGUAAAGAGAAGAUGACUCAGGAGGAGGACGAUCUGGAAGAAGAAUUACGUUGCUUAGAUAUUCGUGAAGAUCAUGGGGCUGAAGAGAGUGAUGUAACCCCUACAAAUACACCUCCAUCCUCACCACCUAUUUUGUAUAUAAAGAAGUACCCACCAAGUCAUCCUGUUGGAUAUGAGGAAAAUAAAGAUUUUGGAAGAUAUUCAAGAGGUGAUGACAAUGAAUGCAGAUCAGACUCCUCUCUAUCAUGGGGUGAUGAUGAGUUUGAAGGAGAGGCCACCAGACAAGUCAGUGCCCUCUUUGACCAGCUUGACUCUUUGCUCUAUCAGGAUGAUUCUGCAACAUCUGCUGUGCCAUGGUUUGUAAGUGGAAGCACCAAAGUGUUUGUGAACGAGGAUGAGAAAACUGUUUCACCUGCUGGAAGUAUUGGUUACUUCUCAAGUCCAGAGAGUAAUCCUGAUGAACAUAUUGAAACCAAUAUAAAAACAAUUAACAAAGAUAUCAUUUUUGAUGUGGAUAAUGUGGGAUCACGAACUUUAUUGUUAAGCAGUGCAAGAUUAUUGGAAUCAAGCACUGGAAUAGGUAGUGAUCUUCUUGUAGCUCCUGAACCGACACCAGAAUUACUAGAGGAAUGCUCAAAUUGGGUACACCACUUUCCACAUUUUAGAAUUAGGGGACGUGUAUUGGAGACAUCGUUGCUAAAUAUCAUAGAACAGUAUAUGAAUGAAGAUUCUCUACAUGAAGAAAUAUUAGAAAAUGAGGAAGUGAUUGAAGAAGAUGGUGACUUUCACCAUCUGCUGCCUAUAGUUAAUAUUGUCAGUGCCAAUCAAGUAAAAAAUUCUUCUCAUGUUAAUCCAAAGACAGGGACUUCCAGUAGUCGAGUGUGUAGUGGAUCAAAUGAUCCAGAAGUACUAAAAGAGCAAGUGCUCAUAAUGCUCUUUGAUCAUUUGUGGCCUACAGUGACAAAAGCAAUUGAACCAUUGCUUCAUUCAUAUGCCAAAUAUGUAAUUGAACAGUCAGUACAAUAUUCAUCUCUCUCUAGGGAGCCCAGUACUAGAGGGGCCAGAAGGGGUAGACAGACUCCUGUAAGAAAAUAUAGUGCUGAACUUGGGGGAGCUACUCAUAGACACCUAAAGCUCCCAGAGAGUGUGAAUAGACCUGAUAGUGGCAUUUCUGUUAGAGGAUACAGAGCAAAUCGUCCAUUGAGUGGAAUCCAGCGACCAACAAGUGCUAUAAAUAGAUUGCAGGGUUAUCAGCCUACACCAAGCAUCUACCAAGGAGAAUUACAAGAUCUUCUGCAGGUAACAACAAAGCCAUUGCAAAAUGGAGAAGACAGAUUACGUUCCAGAACCUCUUCUGCUUCACUCACCCGUGAGUCUUCAGCUCGGUCCAAUCAGUCUUUGGUAUCUCUUCCUUCUGUCACAACUCCUAGAGGCACAACACAGCGACCUGUAUCUUCAAGAGCAGCUCAUCAUCUUCUGACCCCCAUGCGCAUUGACAGUUUUAGUACCACAUUGGAACAAAGGCCAUCAUCUACCUCAUCAUAUAAUGCUCGUUCUAGAUUUCAGGAAAAAUUCCAUCAUUUAAGUAGACAAGGCACAAUACAAGAAAUGAGCAGUAAUGUAUCAGCUGUGGAAAUUGAGGAAGAACCACAAGAGUUUCCAAGUCCUACCUGGUCUCGACAUAUAUCUUUCUUACCACCAAUUACAGAUCAUUCAAGCAGUAAUUUACCAAAGGUAUAUGGUGGCUCAUCACUCUCAAGACAGAAUUCAUCCUCAAGAAGAUCUGCUUCAGUAGAAAGAAGUUACCAGCCCAGUGGACAUGACACACAGCAGUCCCAGGUAAUGCCAGGGGAAGAAUCGCAGCUCUCCUCCCUUACUGUUAGAGGUACCACGUUGUCAGCAGCACAUCGACCACAUGCGCACACCAAACCCAAGAGGCAAACAUGGGCCUCGGGGAUGCGACCCAUUGAGCCCUUCUUAUCAUGGGUAGUGGAACGAGUUGAUGAUGGUGCUCGCUCAGUAGACCAAGACCGGAACCUGGGUAUCAAGAAUUCUUUAAUUAAUUGGGAAAACAAUAACAUAGCAUUCAUGAGGACUAAGCACUUUAGAAGGUACUCCCAUCAUUGACGGCAGCCGAAAUAGAAGAUUAAUUAAUUCUAAUCAGAAAUAAAAGAGCACUUCAAAUAAAAAGGUUAAACCAAAAGUCUAAAUGCCCAGGUGUUUUGGAGAGAAUUAUUAGCUAUCAAGGAAGAACCAUUUAUAUUUCAAUAUGGAAAAUUUGUAAAGCCUUCAUAUCUUAUUUACGAUAUGCGUUAGUGAACCUUUAGCAUUUAGAUCUUAAUUAGGAAGCAAGUUGUGAUAUAGAGUUCACGUAUAUAGUAUUGACAGAAUAUGUGAACCUUUUAUGGUUAUGGAAGUUGCUUGCAAUAUUUUCAUCAGUGAAGUGAGGGAGUGAAAAAACACUGCUCUUGAUUAAAGGGCAUCAGAACAAGAUUUUUUUAUCUAUUGUUAUAAUCUUAACUCAUUCACAAAAGGUUCUCAGGAUGCUGUAUAUCCAGUUAACUAUAAACUGUGUGGGAAUUAAGUGCUUAUGGAGUUGAAUAAUACAUUGCCCUUUGUGACAAAUGACUCAUGUACUGACAUUAUGUUUAUUUAUUGCAGUACAUUGAGUUUUGUGAUAAUUUCUAUAUUUUCUUGUAUAUAUAAAAACACUGAAAUCUUUGGUCUUGUGCUUCAGAGAGAACAUAUGUGUUAAACAAAAGAAUGUCAGAAAAGUUAUCCUCCUCCAGCAGAGGAGCCUGGAUAAGGUCACUGAAUCUCUGUAUAAAGGAUUAGGCAGUGUUUGGUAAGUGUGUGUAUGCAUAGAAAUAAAUAGGCAAAAUUAACCCCCCAAAAAUCUUUUUUCUAAAUAAAAGUGCAUAAAAUUAACUGAGGUAAAAGUCAAAAUAAGGUGCAACUGUAUGGUUAAAGAUAAUUCUUAUUUGUCCACCAUUAUAGAAAAUCACUGUAAAGUAGAUCACAACAUCACAGUAUACUAAAUGGAAUGUGGAAUGUGCCAUGUUAUGUUUUGGAAUUUAGCAAGGCUUAUGCUUAAGAUCAUGGAGAGAUUGAGAAGCAUGCAAUAUGUUAAAUGAAUAAGUAAAUUCAUUGUCUAU